ACAUUAAUAUUUUCCACGCUCUACUGUUGAUGUGACCACCUAGAGAACCCCUUCACUCAACAUUAUUAUUUUUCUUCAACUUUUUCAUUUUACAAUAUUUAGAAUGAGCUACGAGGCUGGAAACCUACAAGUAUGGGCUUCUAACCCUCUACCUGACCCACGAAGGGAACUCAACAUUGCGCAGUUUAAUGAAAACUACGUAAAAGUAAAGUCUGCAUCUUUGAAUGAUUCUGAUGGGUUUAGAUUACGAGCAGCGUGUGUUUGUGUUAGAUCCCCAGCAGAGGAAGAGGUUUUAUUGGUGAGCAGGCGCAGAGUGCCAGGAUGGAUUAUACCUGGAGGAAAGAUAGAACCAGAGGAACUUAGUAAUCAUUCUCUAUCUGCCAUACGGGAAGCAAGGGAGGAGGCAGGAGUAAUAGGAACAUUGGGCAGGUGUCUAGGAACAUUCGAAAACAUAGAUAGAGGACAUAGGACCACCGUGUAUGUUCUGUAUGUCCAGGAGCUUGAGGAAGAUUGGGCUGAGUCUGGUAGGAGUCGUGAAUGGUUCAGUUUGAAUGAAGCUCAUGCUGUACUGCUUGAAAGCCGUCCUAUCCAGUCUAAGUACCUUAGCUCCCUAGUCCUAACUAGGCCUAGCUCCCAGUCUACAUAGUUCUAAGAGGUUUACCAUAUCUAGCUUCCAGCCUACCUAAUUAUAGAAGGACUAACAUCUUUAGCUCCCAGCCUACCUAAUUAUUAGAGAACUACCAUCUCUAGCUCCCACUCUAUCUAAUCAAGAGAGAUCUACCAUAUAUAGCUCUCAGUCUACCUUAUAAUAAGAGAUAUACCAUCCCUAGCUCCCAGCCUACCUAAUUAUAAGAGAUCUACCAUCCCUAGCUCCCAGUCUACCUAAUUAUAAGAGGUCUACCAUCCCUAGCUCCUAGUCUACCUAAUUAUAAGAGAUCUACCAUCCCUAGCUCCCAGUCUACCUAAUUAUAAGAGGUCUUUCUUCCCUAGCUCCCAUCUACCUAAUUAUAAGAGAGCUACCAUUCCUAGCUCCUAGUCUACCUAAUUAU